AUGUCCCGGUCCGGUGACUUCCACCAGGCCGACGAGCGCCGCUUCCUCGACGAACGCGGGUCGUCGGUCUCGGUCGCGCCCAACGGCCUCAACCCGGCCACGAUUAUGGAAAAGGCCGUGCGCGAGCGCAUCGUCGACAGCUACUUCUGGAAAGAGCAGUGCUUCGGCGUCAACGAGGCAGACAUUGUCGACCGCGUUGUCGAGCACGUCAGCUGCAUCGGCGGCACCACCGGCACGACCCAGAAGCCCACGCCGUUCCUGUGCCUCGCGCUCAAGCUCUUGCAGCUCGCGCCCGACGACGCCAUCCUCCAGGCCUACCUGAGCCAGGGCGGCGACAAGUUCAAGUACCUUCGCGCCCUCGCCCUCUUCUACGUCCGCCUCACCCGGCCCGCCGCCGACGUCUACACGACCCUCGAACCCUACCUGGCCGACCGACGCAAGCUGCGGCGAAAGGGCCGCACAGGCACACAGCUGACAUUUGUGGAUGAGUUUGUGGACGACCUACUGGUGAAGACGCGGGUGUGUGCGACGAGUCUGUGGAAGCUGCCGCAGCGCGAGGAUCUGGAGGAUCUAGGCAAGCUGGAGCCGCGGGUGAGCGCGUUGGGCGACAUUGACGAUAUUCUGGACGAGGAUGAGGAGGAGGAUAAGAAGGACGACGAGAGCGAAGGUGAAGACGAGAGCGACGGAGCGCAGAGACAAAACGGUGGCGGCAGAGACUACGACAGCGAUCGGCAAGACGAGGACGACAGGCAGCCCGACAAGAGAAGGCGACGAGGCGGUGGCGAUAGUGAUGACAGCGAGGACGAACGUGACAGACGGAAUGGCUCGUCGAACGGUCGGAGAGAAAAACAUCGGCGAACGCCAGAAUCAGAAUCAGACUCGGACCGAUCACGAGGUGACAGAAGAUGA